ACGACAAAGAUCGUCCCAGUGCUAACUGUGACUUUACUUUGAAAGUCCCUGCCGGAAACGCGGGUGUCGUGGCCGCAGGGUAACCGAGACGCUGCUUCUUCUGCUCCUUCUUCUUCUUCUCCUUCUUCUCCCAGCUAACCACCAUGCGGACCCGCAGCCAACGACCGGAAGCGCUCUACCACACGUGCUGACGCCGCCGGUUCGGCUGAGCUGACGGCGGUUGGGCCGCAGUCGUCAUGCGGGAGAAGGCUGCUCGCUAGCCGGGGAGCUAAGAUGAGCACCGACGGAAGUGGCGCGAUCAGCCGCCGCAUCAAGAACCUGUCAAUCAAGCUGAGGGGGCGGGGCCGAGACGCGCGUCAGCAGCUGGACGCCAAGGUGACCCUGGAAAAGGUCCUGGGCAUCACAGCACCUGGCAACCGAGCGCUGUCAUGUGACCCUCGGACUGGACUAUUGGCGUAUCCCGCGGGGUGUGUGGUGGUCCUGCUGCAUCCUCGCAAGAACAAACAAUGCCACAUUUUCAACACGUGGAGGAAGACCAUCACCACGCUGGCGUUCUCCCCGGACGGCAAGCACGUGGUCACCGGCGAGAGCGGCCACUUGCCAGCGGUGCGCGUGUGGGAGGUGGCGAGCGGUGCCCAGGUCACCAAGCUCCAGGAGCACAAAUAUGGCGUGGCCUGCGUGACCUUCUCCCCCAACGGCAAAUAUAUCAUCAGCGUGGGAUACCAGCACGACAUGAUGGUCCACGUGUGGAACUGGAAGAAAGACGUGGUGGUGGCCGCCAACAAGGUGUCCAGUAAGGUGACGGCCGUCUCCUUCUCACACGACAGCUCCUACUUUGUGACGGCAGGAAACCGUCACCUCAAGUUCUGGUACCUGGACCACAGUAAGACGUCCAAGGUGAACGCCACCGUGCCUCUGCUGGGGCGUUCAGGGCUGCUGGGAGAACUCAGGAACAACUUCUUCUGUGACGUGGGCUGUGGGCGGGGCCAGCAGGCGUCCUUCACCUUCUGCAUCACUACCUCGGGUCUGCUGGUCCAGUUCGACCAGCGCCGCCUGCUGGACAAGUGGGUGGAGCUCCGGGCGGCACAGGCCACCUGUUUGUGCGUCACGGACCAGCUGAUCUUCUGCGGCUGCUCCGACGGCGCCGUGCGCGCCUUCAGCCCCCUGACGCUGCACUUCAUCUGCACUUUGCCCCGCCCACACUUCCUGGGCGUGGACGUUGCCGCAAUGACCGACAUCAGUCAGCUUUUCUCCUGCAGAGCGGAUGCACGCUAUCCCGACACGGUGGCCGUGACCUACGACCCCAGCAACCACUGGCUGUCGUGCAUCUACAACGACCACAGCGUCUAUGUGUGGGACGUGGGAGACCUCCGGCGGGUGGGCAAACUCUACUCGGCGCUCUACCACGCCUCGUGUGUGUGGAGUCUAGAGGUGUUUCCCCAGGAGGGCGGGGUCACAGGAGCAGAAAAGCUGGUCUUGGCCCCGGGCUGCUUCCUGUCCUGCUCCUCGGACAACACCAUCCGUGUGUGGACCGUAGACGGGCGCCACUCCAUGCAGGCCAACAUUUUGAGCCAUGAUCUACACACUGUCAUCUAUGUGGACACCAAUGCGGCCAGCCUUCUGGACACGGACAGUGUCUCAGUCGCUGAGGGCCCACAGUGCGAGCAGAAUCGCGGGGGAAUCAGGACCUUGCGGAUCAGUCCUGAUGGGCGCCACCUGGCAUCAGGAGAUCGCAUGGGUGUCCUCAGGGUCCUGGACCUGCACGCCAUGGAGGAGAUCGUCAACGUUCAGGCGCAUGACUCUGAGAUUCUUAGUCUGGACUUCUCCCAGGCGGAGACAGGCGUCAACUUUUUGGCCACGGCCGGUCGAGAUCGCCUCAUCCACGUGUUGGACGCGGCGGCGGACUACCGUCUGGUCCAAACGCUGGACGAACACUCCUCGUCCAUCACCGCCGUCAGAUUCGCCGCCAACGGGGGCAAAGUGCGACUGAUCAGCUGCGGCGCGGACAAGAGCGUCUACUUCCGCAGCGGCCAGCAGACGGACCAAGGUCUGGAGUUCGCUCGGACGCACCACGUGGCGAGGAAGACCACGCUCUACGACAUGGAUGUGGAGCCCACCAGGAAAUAUGCCGCCAUUGGCUGCCAGGACCGCAGCAUCAGGAUCUUCAACAUCAGCAACAGCAAACAGAAGAAGAUCUUCAAAGGCUCUCAGGGAGAAGAUGGAACGCUCAUCAAGGUCACCAUCGACCCCUCGGGUCUCUACAUCGCCACUUCCUGUUCCGACAAGAGCAUCAACAUCUUCGACUUGUACUCCGGCCAGUCUGUGGCCACCGUCUUUGGACACUCGGAGGUGGUGACUGGCUUGAAGUUCAGCAACGACUGCACACGCCUCAUCAGUGUGUCAGGAGACAGCUGCAUCUUCGUGUGGCGUCUGAGCCCACAGAUGACGCUGAAGAUGCAGCAGCGGCUGGCUGACCUAAGACCCUCCCUCUCGGGUGGCGUGUCCCACAAUGCACCUCAGCGGGCGGCAAGGUUCAGGGAGGCGGAGUGUCCCCCCCAUGCCAUGUCUUCUGACAGCGAGGAGGAGGAGGAGGAGCCAGCGGGUCUCAGCAGGGUGGAGGAGGACGCAGCUGACACGUCACAUGACAGGAAGUCAGGCUGCAUGAUGCCUCCUUCACAAGGACAACUCCCUCGGCGCCGCUGGUCCAGGAAGUCGGACGGCGCCAGCGAUGUUCUGACAGUGAAGUCCAUGUUGGACCUGAGACAACUGGACGCGGAGGCCGAGACGCUCUGCAGUGACGGCAGCCCGAUGGGGACCUGGGUCUCAGGGGCGGGGCUUCACAAGACCAAUCAGCUGAAAGGAAGUAGCAUCAGUUUGCAGGUGGAGCAUGUGGACGUAAGGACCAAUCACAGACCGGACUUCAUGUCCAAACAGAGCCCAGAGAAGGAAGAGACAGUGUUGUUUCCCGACCAGUGGGAGGAGAGCGUGAACAGUGACUUUGAGGUGAAGGGGACGUGUAGUGUAGCUGCGGCUGGACAGCGGGACAAACCGAGUCCAGACAGUGGCUGCUCGCUAAGAUUCAAUUCCAGAACCUCAAGUCCAUACCCGGGAGCAGAAGACUCGGAACAGCUCAGUGAGGACGGCGACUCGCUGGACGAUGAGGUGGACGCUGGACUCGUCCCUCAGACUCCGGACCAGGAAGCCUUCCUGAAGAAACACUUUGUCACGCUGGCCGACGUCGCAGACGGACCGAGCAGAACCGCUCACAGCUCCAAUGAAAGCCUCAGCAUUUCGUCCAAGUUCCUCUCCCAGAACUCUGCUGCAAGUCGGGCCGUACCUUGGUCUCAGACCGGGUCGGAAGCCAGGGAGAAGAAGUCCCGUCCUCUGGUCUCUGAGGUCCAUCCUUUGAGGGACCAGAACAAGGACCAGAGUCAAAAGGAAAGUCGUCUUCUGGAGGAUGAGGUGCAGGACCUCCACAGCAAGAAGGUGGUGGAGUCCAGAAAGGAAGUGGGCGUAGUCUUCCAGUCGGUGGAGCCAGACUGUGUCUCACCUUUGCCCUCUGGUCUGUGUGGAGGCGUGUCUCUUCAACGUCCCACUAGCCUCCCAUCUGGCCCCCGCCGCCACUUCGCCUCUUCUCCCCACCAGGAAAGUGUUGCCAUGACCACGCUCAGGAAGCCCUCCCCAUGGGCAGGGGGGUCCCGCUCCUACAUGAGCCCCACCACCAGCUCCAUGGCCAAGAUGUCCCGCUCCGUCUCGCUGGGCGACGCCCUGGACCGGGCCUCCUUGGACCCUUCGGUGGGGGCGACGGGGGCCGGGUUCUCCUGUCUGAUUACCCCUCAAGCCACGCUCCCACAAGCGGCCCCCGCUCCAGUUCUAGUCAGCUGUCCUUUUUCCUCCCCGAGUUGGCAGGGAAACCAGCCCACCCCGCCCCCUCGCUUCCUCCACGCCCGUUUGCCAGCGGCGCCACUUCCCGACAAACCUUCCAUCAAGACCGCCCCCACUGGGCCCCCUCUCGUCCCUGGCCCCACCCUGCUGGAGGAGGUUGGCGGCGGCACGAAGCCAAAGGACGACGCAGACCGGCCAAUGAGCGCGGAGGAGUGCCAGGCGCUGACCAAUGAGCUGCUGAGCUGCUUCAAGCGAGCCACACACCUGUACAGGAAGAUGAGCGCCUCCUGUUCCGAAGACUCCACCCCCGAGCAUAGUCACAUGACGCAGCACCUAUCAGAGGCCCUUCAGGCCAUGAGGGCGGAGCUUGAGUCUCUGCCGCUGAGGUCCGGAGGGGGGCUUUUGGAGGCGGCGGGCCAAGAACGGACGGCGGCGCUGCUGGAGGAGUACUCGCUUCUGCUGCUUCAAGCGGUCAACAGGAAGCUCCGCCCCCUGGAGGACACCUAGACCCGCACCUUUUACACCUAACUUCCUGUGUGAAGAAGGCGCAAAAAACACUGUCUGCCGUUUGAACAAACUUAGGUGGAAACCGUUUUGAAAUAAAUGUGCUGCUUCCUGUUUACAAA